UCUGUGAACAGACUGUAAAGAACCGGUGAAAUAGGCUACUCGUUCAUUUUCACUUGACGGAUCGUCUGCGGAGCAAAUCCUUUCUCGAGCGUGGACUGAAACAAACUGAUGCGCUUCAUUCGCGUCAGUUAAACCAGAAAACUUAGUUUAAUAGAGUUUGGAAUAGAGUGGGACUCUUUUCAGCUUCCAAUACGCGUCUCUGCAGCAAUGUCACCGCAUCUCCAAGAGACACGCAUCGGAAGUCUUCUUGCUGUUAAUCUGUUAGCAGUGGUAUGCUGUUGCAAUGCGGUAACAAUUCAGAAACCUGCACCAUUUUGCCUCCUCAUCAAAUCAGAACGCGGGAGCUCUCAGGUGAGCUUUCUCAUCCACUCACCGGACACCACAGCAUCUCCUCUCUUUUACUGGAGCAAGUGGACAUCAGAGAAACGCUUGGAAGGUUGUUUCAAGAGUGGCGACGGGACACUGGUUACGCGUUAUCGGUCACUCUGCCGUCAAGAGCGCGCACGGGACAAUGAGAAACCACUGCACUUCAACUUAAGCGCGCUACUGGAAGAUGCCAGUCUGUGUGAAAUGCACAUGCAUGUCAAUUUCACUUUGCACAAAGAACGCAUAAAUCCAGACCAGCUGAUGGAUACAAGAGCAAAAAGUCGCCAUAAACGCGCGUGGGUUUUGCCGGGAACACUUUGGUGUGGACGCGGCACCAGCGCCAAUGACUAUGAACAGCUGGGUAUGUUUGUGCAUGCAGACAGAUGCUGUCGAGAACAUGAUCACUGUGAGCACAUCAUCCGCUCGUUCUCUGUCAACUUCAGUGUGUUCAACCCCACCCUGUUCACGCUCUCGCACUGUGACUGUGACCACAGAUUUAAACAAUGCCUUCUCAGUGGUAAUGACACUAUCUCCAACAUGGUGGGCUACAGUUUCUUCAAUGUCCUGAAGCUCCGCUGCUUUGAGCUGAUCCAGAAGAAGCAAUGCACGCAGUACAACUGGUUUGGAUUGUGCACAAUGGUUGAGAUUGCUCCAGUGGCAGUAUGGAAAGAUUCAACACUGUAUAAUUCUACCAGUCUGACUAAUGAGAACAGCGGCACCAUUGACCUUUCAUGCAAUGAACUGCCAAUCAAACGGCCACACAGCGGCAAACAAAGAACCUCUAAAUCGAAACGAAUACAACUGACAAAGGGCCGAAAAACCUGCGCUCCUGUGGACUAUGCAAAAGGGGAAACGUUUCAGCUAAGUCAAAAGUUGGUGAGCCAAAUUGAAAAAAGGAAGAAACUACAAACAAAUGGACAUCAAAAGGGAAGAAGGAAGUCACUUGUUUCCCAAAGGAAGGCAUCCAAAGGGAAGAAAAUUACUACUCAGAAGUUCAAAAUGGAAACUAUUCUUCAAAGCACCCACAGAACCCCAAAAGCAAGUGUCACUCACUCCCCCUCAACCUCAUCUAAAACGAAAUCACUCUCAGUGCAAAAGACGAUGGCCACUCAGUCCGAACAAACGUCCGUAACUAAAUCAGAAGCACGGACACUUCAAAAUAAGAGAAAAAGAGGUAAACAGAAAAAGACCCAGAAGGAAAAACGAAUUAAAUCCCCAAAACAAUGAUGAGUGAAGAGACAAUACUUUAAAGCAUGAUUUAUUUUUAUAUUUUUAAAUAUGCAUAAAGCCACAAAGUCACAAUUAUCAAGCGAGAUCCUUGCUCUUUUAUAUAUACACAGAAUGUAGUGACUUUUGUUGUUUAAGUAGGUGCCAAUUAAUACAAUUUUAAAAAUGAUACUAAGCAAUGAUACUUCAUAUGUUUUUAAAUGUAUAGUGACCGACAACCUCAGUAUAUGCACAUACACGCAUUCGCAUGUUAUAAU